UAGCAGUUGACAGUUUUUGUAACACACUACAAUAUGCAGAUGACCUGGCUCUAUACUCCUCAAGCAAUUCAAUUAGUGAAAUAUCCAUACAGCUAAACUCUGCCAUGCAUUACCUGAGUAUUUGGCUAUCAGAACACGGAUUAACUCUCUCUGCGUCUAAAAGUAAAGCAGUAAUUUUCACUAGAAAAAGAACAAUUCCAGACCUAGAAAUAAGGUAUGAAGACCAGAUCAUUCAGAUGGACUCCUCAGCUAAGUUUUUGGGCGUUAUAUUUGAUUCAAAGUUAACAGGGUCCCAACACUUCAGUUAUAUUGCUGAAAAGAGUGAAAAAGGAGUUAACAUAAUAAGAGCUCUGUCUGGUGUAUGGUGGGGUUCUCACCCAUACUGCCAGAAGCUUUUAUAUAAUGCACUUAUCAGAAGCCAUUUUGAUUAUGGUUCCUUUAUAUUUGAACCAUGUAAUAAAGAAGGGCUGGAAAAGCUUAACUUGGUGCAAACAAAGUGUCUUCGCAUAAUUGUAGGAGCCAUGAAAUCCUCCCCCAAUGCAGCUUUGAUGGUAGAGUGUGUUGAUCCCCCCUUAGAUCUGCGGAGACAAUACUUAUCAGAUUGGUAUGUUUCUAAAUUGAUUCAAGUAAGUUCACACCCCCUAUUACCUUAUUUAGACUCUCUUUCACAUAAGGUUAAUAUUGACAACUAUUGGGUAAAUAAGGAUCCCCCUAGACUUGUCAGGAGUUAUAGGCGAUGCAAAGCAUUACCUCAACCAAUAUCUCAAUCACCAGCGCCUCCCAUUUUUAAUUGUAGUUUUGAUGCCCUUAUCUUCAAGCCUAAUGUCUUGUUAGAUCUUGGUAUAUCCAAAAAUGACAGAGAAGCUAAUAGAAAACUAUAUCAAGUCUUAGGAGAAAAAUGGAUGGGAUGGACCAUAAUAUUUACUGAUGCCUCCAGAUUAACUACCAACGGAAAUGUAGGCUCAGCCGUGUGGAUACCGAAGUACAAUGUAGUGCUCUUAUUUAAAAAUCCUUGUCAGACAUCGGUAUUCACCGGUGAAGCUAUUGCCAUUCAUGAGGCGGUACAAUAUGCCAAAUCCCAUAGCCUAACUAAAAUAUUGAUACUUUCCGAUUCAAAAAGUUGUUUGCAGGCUAUAUCAGGCAACAUCUUUAAAAGCAGCAGUAAUAGCUCCCAGAUAAUUAUUAACAUCAAAGAAGCACUACAUUAUUGUUGUGUUAAUAAUUUUGAAAUAGCUUUAGCAUGGAUCCCUGGACAUAGUGGGAUAUCUGGUAAUGAGCAAGCAGACUUAUGGGCUAAGGAAGCAGUUCAAUCUGGACUUCCAACCUAUAGUUCCAUAUAUUGUAGUGAUAUUCUCCCCUUGGCUAAAACCUAUUUGUUCAGAAUGUGGAGUCGUAGAUGGAAUGAGCUAACCAAAGGCAAACACUAUAGAAACAUUCAACCUGACAUACCCUGCAAACCCUGGUUUUUUAAAUUUAAACAUAUUUCAAAUAAAAGAACAACAUCCGUUUUAUGUAGAUUGAGAUUAGGACAUGUAUGUACGCCCGUAUUCCUGAAUAAAAUCAGGGUCUAACAAGCGGUAUAUAUAAGAGCGGUCUCUACAAGAACUGAAAAGAAAGCGCAACGGAACAAACAACAUGAUGUCUUUUCCACUACGUUGACAUUGGCGGAAUUAUUGCGAAACAAUCGCAGUACAAAGUGCCAUAGACAAGAAAGAAGAAGAAGAAGACCUUAUUAUGACAUAACCAAGU